AUGCUGACAUACCAGAUCAAGAUCAAGCACCAUCCCAAGCGGAUCCGGAUCAUGUGCUGCCUGGCAUAUGACCUAGAGCCCGAGGUAUCCAACGAGCAUCCUCUACGUGAUCCUGUUCAAGAACGUCCGGCUCCGGGCACUCCCAUGCGACGUCGAGAGAUUCACUCCACCCAGCAGGCUUCAAUGGACGAUGUGGACGAUGAGCUUGCCACAUGGUUCUCUCUCGACCAUGAGGGCCAACCGGUCUUCGUGGCGAGCAGGUCCGAUGAAGUCAACCUCAAGGAAUUGUCCAUGGAAGAAAAGAAGCUGUUCGAGCAGAGCGAUGCGGUGGAAUGGGAUGCAAUUGUCAAGACUGGAGCCGUCAAAGUGCUCCGAGGAAAAGAGGCAGCUGAAGCUCGCCGCCGAUUUCCGGAGCGAGUCCUGAGCUCUCGCAUCGUGAGGAGAAAGAAGCCUCAGCCAGGCACGGGAUGCUGGAAGGCUAAGUCCAGAUGGUGCAUAGCCGGACACGGAGAUCCGGACACAGCUGAGUUGGCUACGUUCUCUCCCACGCCGGCGACCGAAAGCAUCAUGGCCUUUCUCCAGGUGGGACUGAAGCUUGGUCACACGUUCUCGUUCACGGAUGUCAAAAACGCCUUUUUGCCAGUCGGACAGGUGCCAGUCUAUGGACUGGACGAUGCGCCAGCUGCGUGGCGUAACACUGUUACCCGAUUCCUCACCGAAGAGGGCUUCGUGCGCAAUCUGAUCGAGCCCUGCUGGUGGUCUCGCUUCGAUGAACACAAGCGCAAUGAGGCCCAGGUUCUGAUCGAGGUAGACGACUUCAUUGUCAGCUGCGCCCCCCAGGUGAAGAGUGAUCUGCGGAAGCGCUUCGAGGCAAGGUUCCACUUCGGCAAGUGGGAGGACAACGAGGCGGAAUAUGCGGGCCGCUUGGUGAAGGUUCUCUCGGAUCGCAUCUUAAUCCACCAGGAGAAAUACAUCACCGAGCAAGUUUUGCCAGUGCCUCUCCUGAAAGGGAGGCGCUCCCAGAAAGAGAGUGCGCUCACCAAAGACGAGUUCGAGAGCUUCCGCAGCGCCAUCUACAAGGUGAAUUGGGUGGCCAAGGAGACAAGGCCGGAGGUUUGCGGAACCGCGUCACUGAUGGCGAGCAAGCUCAAGGACGCCACGGUGGACGACGUGCUGGUGCUCAACAAGAACAUCAACUUCCUGAGGACUACGGCGUCGAGACCGCUCACGAUUUGGAAGCACGAUCCCAACGAGAUGGCUUUCCUGGCAGUGUCCGACGCCGGGGGAACAGGAUCCAAGUACGACACUCUCGACGAGGACGGUCUCCCUUCGGACAACACUCAGGGAGCGUGGAUGGUUCUUACGGCAGGAUCCCUGCCGAUCGGGAACCAGCGCGUGCGAGCCUCUCCUUUGUCAUGGAGGUCCAGUAAGCUUCGCCGCAAGGUCUUCUCUACAUUUGGUGGAGCGACGCAGGCCAUGUUGCAGGCUCUCAACGAGGUCGAUUGGCUACAGAUCAUGAUCAGGGAUGCGGUUCAACAUGACGUAUCUCUGAAGCAAUGGCGGAACUCCUUGUCACCUCACAUGCUGAUCAUGAGAGGUGACGUCGAGCUUCUGAAGCAGCCGCAGUGUGCCGUGACGGACGCUAAGUCGCUCUACGACUGCAUCAGGAGCACCCUCAGGGUAAACAAGAUCGGAAAUCUGCACUGGAACUCGCCAUUAUAG